UGUGACUACCCAACAACACCACCCAUUUGUGGAACAAACACUUCUUGCAAGCUUCGUAUCACCACCGCAGGACAACCAAAAUGCCAACUCACGCAACUAAGACUCGCAAGCUUCGUGGCCACGUCUCUGCUGGUCACGGUCGUAUUGGCAAGCACAGAAAGCAUCCCGGUGGUCGUGGUCUUGCUGGUGGCUUGCACCACCAACGUACCCACAUGGAUAAGUUCCACCCUGGUUACUUUGGUAAGGUCGGUAUGCGUCACUUCAACCGUGACAACAACCCCAGAUGGCGCCCUACCGUCAACUUGGACCGUCUCUGGACCUUGUUGCCCACCGAGUCUCGUGAGAAGUACUUGGGUAAGAACACUGAGGUUGCUCCCGUGAUCAACGUCCUCAACGCUGGCUACGGCAAGGUUUUGGGUAAGGGCCGUCUCCCCGAGACUCCCGUCAUCGUCCAAACCCGCUAUGUCUCUCGCAAGGCCGAGGAGAAGAUCAAGGCUGCUGGCGGUGUUGUCGAGCUCAUCGCUUAGAUAUGAAUCCAAAGCGUGUGAUCCAAUAAAAAGGCGUGUAGAACAGGGA